CUCUGCUGCCGGGCGGUGGGGGAGGCCGACUCUUCUUGCAGGUGGCUUCUCUCCCGCCUCUCGUGACUCCCCGCCCCCAGCGCCGUGCGGGCUGCCGAGGGAGCGCCCUUGUGCCCGGCCCCGAGAGCCCGCGACGGCUGCUACGCACCCGGGUCCAUUGUUUCGCUUCUCUCUCUUCCGGGCAGGUGCCCGCGGCGCUCGCACGUGCCAAAGCGGCGGCAGGAGAGCAGGGACCCACGGGCGCCGGCAGGGGCGUCUCGGGCGCCCGGCGCGAGAUGAAGUACCUGAAGCCUUGGUGGUCGGACGGCGGCGGCCUCCUGCACCUCACCAUCCUGCUGAGCUUGGCGGGGCUCCGCCUGGACCUGGACUUGGACCUGGACCUCUACCUGCUGCUCCCGCCGCCCACCCUGCUCUGGGAUGAGCUGCUGCUGGCCAGAGGCCCGACGAGCUCCGCCUACGCGCUCAGCCCCUUCCCAGCCUCGGGAGGGUGGGGGCGCGCGGAGCAGCUGCACCCCAAAGGCCGGGAGCCGGACCCAGCGGCGGAUCCCGAGGGCCGGCUGCUUCGGGAGGUGCGCGCGCUGGGGGUCCCUUUCAUCCCUCGCACCCGAGUGGAUGCGUGGCUGGUGCACAGCGUAGCGGCCGGGGACGCCGACGGGGCCCACGGGUUGCUCGGCGCAGCCGCCGCCGCCUCUUCCGCGGAAGGAGUCGGCGCUAGCUUGGAAGACAGCAGCCAGGCUGCACCGGGGGAUGGCGGGGACCCCCGAGCGGUUGCAAGUAGCCCCUCGGCCGCCGGGGAAGAGGAGAAGGCGCCGGCAGAACCGACGGCUCAGGUGCUGGACGCCGGCGGCCGCGCGAACCAGGAGAAUGAAGUACUAAGAGAGAGGCAUGAAGCUAUGGGUCACAGCUCCCAGAAUGAGGAAAAUGAGCAAAGAGUAUCAGCCCAAGAAAAAUCACUACAGCAGAAGAAUGAGGAUGAAAGUAAAAUAGCAGAUAAACCUGACUGGGAGGCAGAAAAGACCACGCAAUCUAGAAAUGAGAGAUCUCUGAAUGGGACAGAAACAGCUUUCUCUCUGGACGACUUAUGUCAGAUGCUUUUGUCACAGCCUGAAAACUCACUGGAGGGCAUCUCACUUGGAGAUAUUUUUCCAGGUAGUAUCAAUGAUGGCAUGAAUUCAACACAUAACAUAAACUUUAGCCAAGCUAUAAGUCACGAUGUGAAUCUCCAUGACGCCAUGUUGCUAUGUCCUGACAAUACAUUUAGAAGAGAACCAACAGCAAGGACUUCACAACCAGAAGAACCAUUUCUGCAGUCAAAUUCUCAUACUACCAAUCCUGAACAGACCCUUCCUGGAACUCAUCUGACAGGAUUUCUUCCCCUUGUUGGCAAUCAGAUGAGGAAUCUAAGUCAAGACCUUCUACAUGACCUUGAUAUAAGCAUAUUUGGUGAGACAAAUUUAAUGUCCUUGGCCACAGAAGGUUUUGAUUCAAUGGAAGUGUCUCAGCUUUUUGAAGAACUGGAUUCUGAUUCUGGGCUUUCCUUAAAUUCAAGCAACAGUACCUCUGUCACCAAGUAUAAUUCCUCUUGCUCAAUGUGUGAAGGCGGUGCUACAGGUUAUAGUGACCUGGAAGGAGCUGUAGGAGGCUACUACCCAGAUCCCAGUAACCUUUGUCACAUGGGUUGGAGGAAGGAUUCUGGCUUUCAUGGGGACCUUGCCAUUCAACACAUACAUCAUAACCACACUUACCACGUAGAGCCAGGUGCUCUAGAUUCCACCCCUAGAUCUUUUUCACAGCAUGGGAAGUCACAAAAAAUAAAUAAGCACCUGAAUGACACAGACAGAAACUUAAGUCGCGAUGAGCGACGUGCUAAGGCUCUCCAUAUCCCUUUUUCUGUAGAUGAAAUCGUCCGUAUGCCUGUUGAAUCUUUCAACAACAUGCUAAGCAGGUACUACUUGACAGAUUUACAAGUGUCACUCAUGCGUGGUAUUAGAAGAAGAGGGAAAAAUAAAGUUGCUGCUCAGAACUGUCGUAAACGCAAACUGGAUAUAAUUCUGAAUCUCGAAGAUGAUUUAUGUAACUUGCAAGCCAAGAAGGAAAUCCUUAAGAGAGAACGAGCCCAGUAUAACAAAGCUAUUACCACAAUGAAACAAAAACUGCAUCACCUUUAUCACAGUAUUUUUAGUAGGUUAAGAGAUGAUGAUGGUAGGCCUGUCAAUCCAAACCACUAUGUUCUUGAGUGCAGCCAAGAUGGAAGUGUUUUGAUUGUACCUAAGGAACUGGUUACCUCAGGCCACAAAAAGGAAAACCAUAAGGGAAAAAGAAAGUGAAGAAACUGAAGGUGGAUUCCAUUAUGUAUGAGUUAAACUGAUACACGGCCACAAACCACUGAAACUGCUUCAAAGUAUUAUCUUUUACUACUGCUACUUGAAUCACUCAGGACUACAUUUCGAAACUCUUAUGGAUUAAGUUUGUGGAAAAUUUUGGGGGAAGCCACAACUUUUCAUCAAGUCCAACUAUAUUUAUGCAGAACUCAAAUAUCUAUGUACAAAGAACAGGGUGACAUGAAAAGCAGACAAUCCAGUCAUUUGGUUGCCUUUUUUUUUUUUUUCAGUAACAUAGUCACUUCAAAGAGCAAACACUGGAUGUAAAUUGUUUUUAAACAUUUUGGUUUUUUUGACUUGAAAUGCAAUGUAAUUUAGCUUCAAGUUUUAAUUUUUUAGCAUUGUAGUUACCACUGAAUAUACGGAGCCUUAACAAAAGCUAUUUUAUCUUUCUAUGAACACUUAAAUUGCUUUCUGUGGAAAUAAAUUUGAAUUUAUAAAAAUUUCUUAUAUAGAAAUUCUAACCAUUAUUUACCUUGGAUAUUCUCCAUAAAACCCACAUUCAGGAAUACAGGUGAGUAUGUAGCCAAUAAGGCAGCAUAGUGUGGGUUUAUUUGCACAAGAGACUCAGGCCAAACUAAAGUCAUCCCUUUGACUUGGGUGCCAAGAAAAAACUGGACUUCAGAAUGAGAAUGCAUUCACAAGAAGUUUAUGCCUCUUCUUAGUACACAAAACAGACCUACCCAGCAAGUUAAGCCAGCCUGUGGAAAUUCCACAUCUAGAACAUGGGCCUCUCCCCCAGAAGGCCUCAUGUAACAAUGUGAGAAUGUUACAAGCCACACAAGAACACAAGCCAACAGUAAGGGGAAGUCAGUAGAGCAUGGACUUCACACCCAAAAAUGUGAUCAUCUGGUUAAGAACAGGACAGUAAAUAAAUACUAGAAAUGGCAUUUGAAAUGAAAGCUCAAUGAGCUUAUUUCAACAGCAGUAUGGAGAUUUUCAGAAAAUGUCCCAAGGUUUGCCAACAUUAACAUGCAUACUAAUGUUUAAUUCCAAAAGUAUAGUCAGUGUUGUCAGAUGUUAUUUCUGCCAUAAUCGUCUGCCACAGAAUUAUCACCAAGUAUCACCUUGGUUUAGAGAAAUGCAGUGCUUUCAGUGUUCAGAUUUUUAUAAAUGCUUUUAAACUGAGCCUAGAAAGGCAUUUAAGUCUAGAUUUUGCCAACAAGAUGCUUCUAAGGUUGUUAUAGUUGGUUUUGUACAGUAACAGUCUAUUCAGAUUAAACUCUUCAAGGGAAUACACCUCAGAUUGUAACUUGGUAAUUUCAGCUGCAAGGAGGGCACAUUCCUACAAAGUCCUUCACAUCUACAAUUUAAUGUUCCAUGGUACAAACUUACCUAUGAGUAGUCUUAUCUACCCAACUGUUUAACACUUAUAAGACUGGGCAUUAUCCUCAAAUCCCUCAAAAUAUCAAGCACCACAAUGAACUAUACACCAAAGGUUCAAACUGAAACUCAAAACAAUGGUUUGAAAUCUGGAAGGUAUAUGGUGCAUUGUGACCAAAGGUAAAUGCACCAAAACUUCCAAAGAAAAAUCUGUCUUCAAAGGAUGUAAACUAGAGCUGCUUACUCUACUCUCAUGAUACACAUUCCAGCAGUGGAAAUCCCAGGCCAAGAUUUUAGUCUAAAUUCCCUUGCAGAAGAAAUGGGAUACCUGAAGGACUAAAAUAUUCCAUCUACUGUUCUUAUAGAUUAUCCUGGAGCUCAGAAAGAUAGGUGAAUGGUUGAAAAGGAGAAAUCUGAUCUGGCUUCUGACUAUGUUCAAAAUCUCAAAAGUUCUCACUGAAGUUAUAUGCACUUUACCUGGCAGAAUCUGAACCAAGCUGCUCCCUUAGCUGCCACUCCUUCAACUGCUGUAUCCCUCCCGUUACUCUAAGACACGACUAACAGUCAAGACUGUUUAACUGAGAAAGUUUUAUCAAAAUAAGGUUCUGAUGGUGGGAGGAGUAGGUGACCUCAUACCUCUAGUGUUUCAGCUUAUUUGGUAUAGGGUUUACAAAUGCAAAUUUCAAGGGGAUCAGUAAGACAGCUGAGAUCUGUAUUGCUUAUUACAUUAACUUAAGCAACUAGUUUAUUAACCCUUAGCUUUUAAAGACCUUUUCUGGUGAGUACCCCUUCCCCUCCUGCAUCUGCAGUGGAUAGGCCCAAACUUACAACCCAGUCUGAAUUGGUCCCAAAAGGAAAUUAGUCUUACCUUCUUUACCUAUGGGAAAUAAUUGUUAAUCUGGAAGGGACUCCUCCAAUUAUAAAGUUACAAGGGAAGAAAUCUCAGCAUCUCAUUUGUCCUUUUCCAAAUAAAGCCUUCAUAUUCCAAAAGUAGCCAUCAACAGACAUCCAUGCUGAACCAUAUUACAGGUGAAAUUGUAUUUUCAAGUGUAUAUUAAUUUCCAUGCAACAUGUACUAAAGAAUGUCUGGAUAAUUUGGAUUCCUCUUAAGGCUGACCUCAGUUCAACCAGGACCUUUUGAACAUUCAGAAAACCCAAUACACACAUAUUCAAGCCCCAGAACACUCAUAAGACUACACUGUGCACAUAUUAAGACUUUCACACUUUUUAUGUCUACAUCAUUCUUAACAUCCCCCUUCUUGGGUAGUCUACUCACUUCACUAGUUAGAUGCAUCACCCAAAGAUCUGUUAUAUCUAAAUGAUCGGCGCAGUACUAAAUAGUGUCAUUAAAACUGAAUGGGGUCUAUCAACCAUCUAGAAGCAGUCAUUCC